CGCUGGGGAAGAGGACCCCCCGAGGGUCCUGCCGGCCAGUCCCGGGCCGAGGCCGCCUCGCCCCGGGGACUCCGUGGCUGCCCAGGCGGAAGGGAAGUAGGUGCCGGAGAACGCGCUCCGCAUUUUGAUUCACCUCGGGCUCUGUGAGGGUCACAUCUUGUGAAAAUACCUGUAAAAUCAAUUUAACGUUCAGCGCAGCGUGUAAAGACAGCUCCGAGAAUUUAGAAGGCGCCCGAGUCAGAACAUUGCCAUGCUGGGGGCCCUGUGGCAGCGUUUUAACACGUCUGAGUGCAGCGGGAGGAGGCUCGAGCUUGCUGGCCGCCGGUCCACGCCCCCUCACCUUUAAAAAGGGUGAAGAGGAGCCCUCACCCCCCCACCCCGGGAGGCAGUCCCCCCCUGGAGGCAGUGACUGCGGACUUUUCUGAAAUUUAGGGUGGGCCUCAUCUUUGAGAGUGAAAUUUGUCUGCAUAGCUUUUAUUUGUGGGCCUCGGUAAACUGAGCUCACCACCCAAGUCGUGGCUCCGGUCGACAAGUAGAUUGUGCCAUUAGUUCUUACGGUCUCUCCGAGGCAGGACUUUUAUCUCAGUUUUGCAGGUGGGAAGACAUUUGGCACAAGGAAAACCAUCUCCCUUACAUUCACACAGAACAAUGGCUGAGCAGAUUAAGUCCCAGCAUCCCGACUCCUCCGCUGCGUCCCCCACUAGACCGUGUUACAAAACAAAUGGAUAAGAAUAUCAGAUGGCAUCUGGGGAUUUCUGUUCACCUGGAGAAGGGAUGGAAAUACUCCAACAAGUGUGCAGCAGACAGCUUCCUCCUUGUAACCUGAAUGAAGAGGACCUGUUACAGAAUCCACACUUCAGCAAACUGCUGCUGAGUCUCUCACAACACGUGGACGAGAGUGGCUUAAGCCUCUCCCUGGCAAAGGAACAGGCUCAGGCAUGGAAGGAAGUUCGACUGCAUAAGACAGCAUGGCUGAGGUCUGAGAUUUUACAGAGAGUCAUCCAAGAGCUGCUUGUGGACUACUAUGUGAAGAUACAAGACACAAAUGUAACUUCUGAGGACAAAAAGUUUCAUGAGACCCUUGAACAGCAGCUACUUGUGACUCAACUAACACAGCUCUUGGGUCCUAGCCAGGAGAGGGUGAUGCCUCCACUGCUAGGACUGGAGAAAGCAGACCUUCUGGAGCUCAUGCCACCCUCAGAGGAUUUUGUGUGGAUGAGAGCUCGGCUCCCACUGGAAGUGGAGGAGCAACUCAAGAAGAAAUGUUUCACUCUGCUUUGCUACCAUGAUCCUAAUUCUGAUUCAGACCAUGAAACCCUGAAGGCAGCGAAGGUAUGGAAACUGGCAGAGGUCCUGGUGAGUGAGAAGCAGCAGUGCCAGGAUGCCAAGAGCCAGCAGAAGGAGCAGGUGGUGCUGCUGGAGAAGAAGAGUGCCACCUACUCCCAGGUGCUGCUCCGCUGCCUCGCCUUACUGCACAGAUUGCUUCAGGAGCACCGGCUGAAGACUCAGUCUGAGCUAGACCGCAUCAAUGCCCAGUACCUGGAGUUCAAGUGUAGUGCCAUGAUCCUUAAGCUGAGGAUGGAAGAGCUAAAGAUUUUGUCUGACACUUACACUGCUGAGAAAGUAGAAGUUCAUCGUCUCAUUAGGGACCGUUUGGAGGGGGCCAUUCGGCUACAAGAACAGGACAUGGAGAAGUCCCGGCAGGUCCUAAACACCUAUGAGGUCCUUGGGGAGGAGUUUGACAAGCUGGUAAAAGAGUACACCCAACUCAAGCAGACAACUGAGAACAGGCGUUGGGCACUCCAGGAGUUCAGCAAAGCCUACCGCUGAGUCGGCAGGCCGGAGGCACGGCUGUGCAUUGGCACUGCUUCCUCUUCCUGCUAAAAGGGACCAUCUUCACUCACGGGAGUGUGGGGACACUUGCUCGAAGCACUGCAGUCAUUUAGGCACCCACCCUCCUUGUUUACAAUGACUGAAUCUCUUCUGGACAAUGUGGCCGAUUUAUGUAAAUGUAUGUACAGCUAUCUCCUGAAUAAAGUGAUAAUAUUGAG